AGACGACUCGUGGAGUGUUGAAGACGCUGAUGCGUGGAAGCAGGUGCCACAACAAUGACCAUAUCGCUCUCGAACAAUUUUAUGCUGCUACUGAUCAUCAUCCUCAUAUCCAAAUGCCCUUUUGAUUUCUAACCCUUUCUCAACAAUCCAUCACAUUCAUAUCUGGAUUUUUGACACCAACGUCUUAUCUUCUCACGUAAGGAACCUUUGCAUUUCUCUUUCCAAUCAAUCCGCAUUGCGAUCCCUUUGAAUUGCUUUGACUUUGUCACGAUUUGACAGAUGGAGGUGGCUAAAUUGUUAUACAUAGUGGUGGAGGAUGAUUUCGGUGGCAAUGACCAAAGGAGAAGGAAUGAGGAUUUGACAUUUAGGUACACACGUCAUGUUCUUCAGAGCGCCUUGCAGUUGAUGGGGUGUAAAGCACGUCAUGCCUUCAAGAUUAGCCAAAGGGUUUUUGAAAUCAUGAGAACCGAAUGCUUGGGUGACACUUUGGCUGCCAUGGGUGUAAUUAAAACGGGAAAGGAUUUCUUAAAAGUUCAUCCUGGGAAAGAGAAUAGUUGCGUCACCGAUGGUCGAUCAGAUAAGGAAGGAAGAAGCAGAAACAACGUAGUAGAGAAUGAUGAUAAAAUAAGGAGCAUACCUUUUGAAUCUUACAAAAAGCGCACUACAGUUAUUGUCAAACGGAAGAGGUUCAUAGAUGUCGUGUGUGACGCUCUGGCUGAAUACAAGUAUGUUGGUACCAAUCAGAGGGCUGAUUUGGUUUUAGCUUGCAGAAUCAGGGAAAGAAAGGAAUCUGUGACGGUGCUACUGUGCGGUACCAGUGGAUGUGGCAAAUCUACAUUGUCUGCUUUGCUGGCUAGCAGGUUAGGGAUCACAACUGUUAUAUCUACAGACUCCAUUCGGCACAUGAUGAGGAGCUUUGUUGAUGAAAAGCAAAAUCCCCUCCUCUGGUCUUCUACUUACCAUGCCGGAGAACAUCUAGAUCCAGUGGCUGUUUCAGAAGCCAAGGCCAAGAGAAAAGCUAAGAAACAAGGAAGUGUUUCACCUCAAUCACAAUUCAAGACUAGUGCUUCAUUUGAUGCAACAGCAGUACCCCCAGCAGCACCUAAGGAGGGAUCUGCAUCAUCUGCUACAAUUGACCUCAUUAGCCCUAAGCAAAUGGCAAUCGAGGGCUUUAAGGCACAAAGUGAGAUGGUCAUUGAUAGUCUUGAUCGACUCAUCACAGCAUGGGAAGAGCGCAAAGAAUCAGUCGUCGUGGAGGGUGUUCACUUGAGCCUUAACUUUGUGAUGGGGUUAAUGAAGAAACAUCCAUCAAUUAUACCAUUCAUGAUAUACAUUACAAAUGAGGACAAACACAUGGAAAGAUUUGCAGUUCGCGCAAAGUACAUGACUUUAGAUCCUGCCAAGAAUAAGUAUGUAAAGUACAUAAGAAACAUCAGAACAAUCCAAGAGUACCUUUGCAAUCGAGCAGACAAGCAUCUGGUGCCGAAAGUAAAUAAUACCAAUGUUGAUAAGAGUGUUGCUGCGAUCCAUGCCACGGUUUUCAGCUGCUUAAGAAGACGUGAAACCGGGGAGCAGCUUUACGACCCAACCACUAACACAGUUUUUCUAGUUGAUGAGGAGUAUAGAAACCAGUGUGUGGCUAACUCACUUAGCUCCAAGGGAAUGUUUCAACUGAUUCAAAGGCAAGGUUCUUCACGGAAUUUGAUGGCUCUUCUAAACGACGAUGGGUCUGUAGCAAAGGCGUGGCCUGUUCAUUCUGUAGAUGCUAAUGGCAAGCCGAUUGUAGGACAUCCUGCUGAGGAUGGUAUAGGGAUGCCAAUGUAUGGGCCAUUGCAGAUCGGAAAGGCUGAACCUGUUAAUCUGCAAUUUGGCAACUUCGGAAUCAGUGCUUGGCAAACCGACCUUGGUUGCACUAGCCGUGCUAGUAGCGUUGACGAGUCAAAAGGCGAGCUUACCGACAAUGGUAGCAGAUAUCAUUCAUCAUGCUGUAGCUCACCUAAGGUCUCUGAUGGACCUGCUAAAGAGUUGAAGGAGGAGCAGUCGGUUUAUGGCAGCGAUGAAGAGGUCGAUGAUCACCUCGAGGUAGAUAGUGAUGAAGAUCUUAGUGAUGAUGCCAAAGAACAUAUGCAUGAAGAGAUGGAAGGUUCAGUGGACGAGGAAUCAACCAAAUCAGACGAGGAGUAUGACGAUCUUGCAAUGCAGGAUAUUCAAGAAAAUGGUUACUUCACUGAUGAUGAAUUCGACCCUAACCAUAAUAAUCUUCUCUCCCUCGGCCAACAUGAUACAGUUGCCAACCACCAUGGGGACAAGUACAAUCGGAAUCUAGACCGGUUCUUGAGAGCCAAAAGCGAGCCAGGCCCAGACUCGGUGCAACCCAAUCCAGGUAUGAUCAAGGAGAGAAGGCUCCUGUCCUCCGGAAGCUUCAAAGUCAAAAGACGAUCUCACAGCAUUUCCAGCUUUGGUAAGGAUGGACCACUGAGCCCAACCCUCUCGAGGGUUGCUACUACAUUAUCUCGUGAUCUUCCAUAACUUCCGUUUUAUGAUCUUUGUUAACUUGGAACUCGAGUGGUUUUGUGUGGGAAGGAAGGAUAUUUAAACUAUCACUUCCAUGUUGUAAAUAAAUGAAGCUUCUUGACUAGAGGGUGGUGGUUGUACUAGCAUGAGUUCUUCAAUUUUGGAUCUUUUAUUUAAAUUGAUUGAAAAACUCAUACAAUCCGAGUCUUGAGAACGAGAAAUCUGCAGGCUGUAAACAUACCAUACACUUAACCAUUCAUCAAAUACCGUAUAAAGCUCGUUUCAGGAGUCGCACCACAUUUCACCACGAUGCUCAAAAGUAUGGUUGCUUCUUCAACACGAUCCAACUCAAAUAAACCAUCGAUGACCAUGUUAUACAAACGCACGUCCCCAAAUAAUCCUUUCUUCUCCAUUGUCGAAAGCAGUCCAAUAGCAUCACCAAAC